AUGGGCGCCGGUUCAAAGGCAGUGCGUGUUCACGCGCCGCGGUUCUCGGCUCCAAGCGGAGACGCCACCAACCACUGUAGGAGAAAGGAUAACUGCCGUGGCAAGCUGAUGCAUCCAACUAAGCGAGGAAAGCAGUGGCGCUUUGCGGAUGUAGCGGCGUCUAUAGCUUGGUGGUGGAAGGCGCUAAUGCAACUGUGUAACAACCGACUCUUCUGUCUCAGCUGGCACUCGCGGGGUCAUUGUGGAGUGACUUGUGUUGGCCAUGCGACUAAAACCAAAAGAAAUACGACGGUUUUUACCAUGAAUGAGGGGAUGCUUUUACCAACCGAUUUUUGA